GUUUUACUCGCGAAAUACUGUCCCCCCUCGGUUCUUACUAUGUUUCGUUGGUUUCCGCCUGCGUAUAGAUUGAACCUGUCUGUGGUCAGUAACCGGAGUUCGGUAUUGUUUGAAGCCGGAAACGACUCCGCUCAACUACCGUUCAAACAUAGUAAUUAUGCUUUGACGCGUUCCCGUAGCCGGCAACAAUCGUACCAUUCGCCACCGUAUAAAUAAGAGGGUUGCUAGUCUCGUCUCAUCGUUUCUCAUCAUGGCUAUCAUCUACUUACCGCCUGGCUUUGCCUUCCUGUCUAGAACAAUUUUCUUCACCGUAAUAUUCCCCUGUUCAACUUUGUGGGCUCUCCAAAACAUAUUGCGAACAUCUGGUCUCAUUCUUCCAUCAUGGAUUUGCUUUGUCGUCCCUUUAGCCGUGCAAUUUGUGUCUGCCAUAGUCCGCAACUACCUCACGAGCUUUACAGUCGAAAGGAAGGCUGCUGCGCAGGGCGCUAUCAUGGCACCCAGUGUUCGAGGAACUAGUCUCUCUAUCUUACGGGAAAUGUCUCACAGCUUCAGGGAUGGAUAUCCAGAUGAAAUAUUCCAGAAGUGGAGCGAAGAAUAUGGAAACACCUAUUCGUUCAACUUUUUUUCAGACAAACAGAUGUUCACAACCGAGCCAGAACACAUCAAAGCCAUCCUUGCGACUCAGUUCCAAGACUUUGAAAAGGGCCGUAUCUUCUAUGUCGCUGAGGAGUCUCUUCUGGGAGCGGGCAUUUUUAACUCCGAUGGUGAUAUUUGGAAAUUUCAUCGGACGAUGACGAGACCUCUCUUCAAUAAGGACAGAAUUUCCGACUUUGACAACUUCGAAAGACAUGCCUCUAGUACGCUCUCUCAGAUCAAAUCGAGAUUAAGGGAAGGAUAUCCCGUCGAUUUUCAGGAUGCUGUCGCCCGCUUCACUCUGGAUUCCGCUACGGAGUAUCUGUUCGGAAAAGACGUCAACUCGACAUCCGCAGGUCUCCCUUACCCAGCGGGAUCUCCCCUUGCUAAUAACCCCCACUUUGUCAACCAUCCGUCUAACGUGUUUGUCAAGGCAUUCGCUGCCGCACAAGAGCAGAGCGCUGUUCGUCUCGAAAGAGGGCAGUAUUGGCCGCUGUUUGAAUUUAGUGUCGAUGCAGUUAAGCCUCUUCGGCAAGUCGUUAAUGAGUUCGUCGAGCCUCUGCUCGUCGAGGCGCUCAAUAGAAAGACCAAAAGUGACAAGCUGGUGGAGAAUGAGAAGGACUCGGAUGAGAACAUGUCCUUGCUUGCUCGUCUUGUGGAGAAUACUGAUGAUACCAAGGUAAUUCGAGAUGAACUCGUGAACAUCUUGGUUGCUGGUAGAGACACCACGGCUUCUCUUUUGACGUUCGCGGUGUACAUGAUGUGUGAGCAUCCGGAAAUGGCCACUCGCUUGAGAUCGGAGAUCCUCGAGAAGGCUGGUACAAGGAUACCUACUUACGAGGACAUUCGUGAUAUGAAAUAUCUGCGAGCAUUCCUGAAUGAAACUUUACGAUUGUACCCACCCGUCCCAAUAAAUUCUCGUUCGUCCAAAGUAGCGACUACUCUUCCGAACCAAGGACGCGCACCAUAUUAUGUUCUGAAGGAUACAAUGGUGAAUUAUUCUGUAUUUUUGAUGCAUCGAAGGACGGAUUUAUGGGGACCCGACGCCCUUAAAUUUGACCCGGAUCGAUUCCUCGACGAGCGCCUGCAUAAAUAUUUGACUCCGAACCCAUUUAUAUUCGUCCCCUUCAAUGCGGGCCCAAGAAUUUGCCUAGGCCAACAGUUUGCUUAUAACGAGGCUUCGUACUAUCUUAUUCGACUCCUCCAAACGUUCUCUUCUUUCAGUCUCGCUAUGGAUGCACAACCCGCCGAAGGAAUUCCUCCGAAGAGUUGGAAAAUGACUCCCGGCACGACAAAAGGGAGGGAUAAGAUCAUGUUCGGGUUGCACUUGACUAUGUAUGCUAAGGCUGGUAUGUGGGUCAGAAUGGAAGAAGCGAAAGAUGACGUGUGAAAGUACUUAUAAUGUCCGAGCAGCUACACUAACUUGAUGAUAAUUCUUACUCCGUUCAUACAUGUCCUCAUAUAAAAGGCAAAUGCAACAACUUUUCGCCGCCAUUAACUUUCCCGAGUCAAUGAAUCCGUGGAAAAAUCUGGACGUACUAUCAUCUUAUCUAUCUCGUUGAUCGCCGAAUUACUAUUAUCGCUCGAUACCGGUUUUUCCGAUCAAUACCUUGACUUCUUUCCUCUGAAUCCGGC